AUGAGUAUUAUCGAUAUCACGUUCACAGAUUCGUGCAGUGACAGCUCCGUCGCUCCAGGCCGCGCUGAAUUCCCCAUUGACAUGAACGCGGAGAUACAGCGGAGAUACAGCGGAGAUACAGCAGAGAUACAGCGGAGAUACAGCAGAGAUACAGCGGAGAUACAGCAGAGAUACAGCAGAGAUACAGCGGAGAUACAGCAGAGAUACAGCAGAGAUACAGCGGAGAUACAGCGGAGAUACAGCGGAGAUACAGCAGAGAUACAGCGGAGAUACAGCAGAGAUACAGCAGAGAUACAGCAGAGAUACAGCGGAGAUACAGCGGAGAUACAGCAGAGAUACAGCGGAGAUACAGCAGAGAUACAGCGGAGAUACAGCAGAGAUACAGCGGAGAUACAGCAGAGAUACAGCAGAGAUACAGCAGAGAUACAGCGGAGAUACAGCGGAGAUACAGCGGAGAUACAGCGGAGAUACAGCGGAGAUACAGCAGAGAUACAGCAGAGAUACAGCGGAGAUACAGCGGAGAUACAGCGGAGAUACAGCAGAGAUACAGCGGAGAUACAGCGGAGAUACAGCAGAGAUACAGCAGAGAUACAGCAGAGAUACAGCGGAGAUACAGCGGAGAUACAGCGGAGAUACAGCGGAGAUACAGCGGAGAUACAGCGGAGAUACAGCAGAGAUACAGCAGAGAUACAGCAGAGAUACAGCGGAGAUACAGCGGAGAUACAGCAGAGAUACAGCGGAGAUACAGCAGAGAUACAGCGGAGAUACAGCAGAGAUACAGCGGAGAUACAGCAGAGAUACAGCAGAGAUACAGCAGAGAUACAGCGGAGAUACAGCAGAGAGAUACAGCGGAGAUACAGCGGAGAUACAGCGGAGAUACAGCAGGAGAGAUACAGCAGAGAUACAGAGGAGAUACAGCAGAGAUACAGCGGUGAUACACGGAGAUACAGCAGAGACUUACAGCGGAGAUACAGCAGCGGAGAUACAGCAGAAUACAGAGAUACAGGCAGAGAUACAGCGGAGAUACAGCGGAGAUACAGCGGAGAUACAGCAGAGAUACAGCGGAGAUACAGCAGAGAUACAGCGGAAAGCGGGGAACUCCCUCCGGAAGAAGUCUGGCUCAGGUUGAUUUACAUGGAACAGUGA